AUGUUUAGAAAGCCUUUAAACCAAGUUCGCUUUCUGUCAAAAAUGGGUAAAAGAAAUACUAGAUCUAGAGCUCGCGUCUCAGGUAACUGGGAAUCUGCAAUCAAAGAAAAUGCAAAAUGGCAAGCUUAUUACACUGGCCAACCAAACCUAUUCUCAAACGAACAAGACUUUGAAGACUUUAAAAAGGCUUGCCAACAACCUCUCCCAUUAACCUUCCGCAUUACCUCAUCUGCAUCUGCUUGCAAAGAAGUCCAGCAACUCAUUGAAAACGAUUACGUCAAACAUACACAAAACAUUGUCUUCAAUGGUGAAAAUAUCCCUCCACCUAAACAUCUCCCCUUUUAUAAUAUCCCAGGACUCGCAUGGCAAGUCGAUGUCGGUAAACAAGUCAUUCGUAGAUCAAAGGAAUUCACUCGUCUUCAACGAUUCCUUGUAGUCGAAACUGAUGCUGGAAACAUUUACCGUCAAGAAGCUGUCUCCAUGAUCCCCCCCCUCUUCCUAGAUGUCCAACCUGAUAAUGCUGUCAUUGAUCUUUGUGCUGCUCCAGGUUCUAAAACUGGCCAACUUAUUGAGGCCCUCCACAGAGAUGGCCCCUCCUCUGUCCCCUCAGGCUUUGUUCUUGCAAAUGAUUCAGACUAUAAGCGUGCCCAUAUGCUUAUCCAUCAAAUCAAGCGACUCAACUCUCCUAAUCUUCUCGUCACAAACCAUGACGCUCAAAUGUUCCCUAAAAUGAAAACCGCUUCUGGUGAUGUUCUCAAGUUUGACCGUGUACUUUGUGAUGUCCCCUGUUCAGGUGAUGCAACAAUGCGCAAAAACAUUAACGUUUGGACUGACUGGACCAUUGGUAAUGGCAAUGGUCUCCAUGCAACCCAAAUCAACAUUCUUCUCCGUGGUAUCCAACUUCUUAAACCAGGUGGCCGUCUUGUUUACUCAACAUGCUCUCUUAACCCCAUUGAAAAUGAAGCUGUGGUUGCAGAAGCUCUCCGUCGUUGUGGAUCAGCCCUUGCUCUCGUCGAUGUUUCCCAAAACCUUCCUGAGCUUAUUCGUAGACCUGGUGUUUCUACUUGGCGUGUUCAAAACAAGGCUGGUCAAUGGGUUGACCCUCCUUCUCCAGCCUCUGCUUCUGAUGAAAAUGCAAACUCUGAUGAAGCUAAAACCCCAGCCAUUCCUACUUCUAAAAACCUUCUCCCCUCUCUCUUCCCUCCCUCGGAAACUGAAGCUAAGGAGUUUGGUCUUGACAAGUGUGUCCGUGUUUACCCUCACCUCCAAAACACUGGCGGUUUCUUCAUUGCUGUUUUUGAGAAAAAAGAUACCAAAAAGAGAUCUGCUGAGGAAGAGACCCAAGAUGUGAAGAAGGUCAAGGCUGAAGAAACUUCAGAACCUGCUGAGGAAACUUCAAAGCCUGCUGAAGAAACCUCAAAGCCUGCUGAGGAAGCUCCAAAGCCUGCCGAAGAAGCUGAAAAGCCUGCUGAAAAACCAGUUGAAAAACCAGUUGAAAAGCCUGCUCCUACCACCACCAAGGAAAAAGUCCCUGUUUCUUCCCAAACUGAUGAAGAAGUCUUCCGCUUUAUCCCCUCCAAUAAUGAACUUCUUGAAAGCAUUUGGAACUUUUACAAGUUCAACACCGAAACUUUCCCGGGUGGCCGCGAUACCCUACUUGUCCGUAACAAUACUGGUAUCCCCUCUCGUGCCAUCUACUACGUGUCCCCCAGCAUCAAACCCUUGCUUGAGCUUAAUGAGCAAAAAGUCAAGUUUGUUCACGCUGGUCUCCGAAUGUUUUCCAAACAAAGAUCCCCAGGAAGCCCCUGUCCAUGGCGUGUCCAUGCCGAAGCAAUUUCCAUUGUGGCCCCACAUGUUGCCCGUGAUGGAUCUGGCCGGUUCUACGUGGCCAAGGAUAUCAACACCUUGAGACUACUUGUGACAAAUGAGUUCCCUAAUUUUGCUGCUGUCAAGGAGGUCGAUGAGGGACUUGCUGAAUUUGUCCAAAACUUGCCUGAAGGUACUUUUAUCUUGGAAGUGCCACGAAUUGGCCAAACUAGCACUAUUGUGUCACAGGCCGUUUUGGACCAGCCGUUGUUGUACCCAGUGUGGCGUGGCAAGUCAUCAGUUAACUUGAUGCUGGCUAAACAGGAUUUGGCAGAGCUUGUACACCGUGUCUUUGGUGAGGAGAAUAUCAAGACUCGUCAGACUAAUAAUAACGGUGCCGGGGUGAAGAGAGAAAAGAGUGAAGAUGACGAGGAACCAAAGGUUCAGGAGGUUGAAGAGAGUAUUGAAGAAAAGACUGAAGAAAAGUCUGAAGAAAAGACUGAAGAAAAGACUGAAGAAAAGACUGAAGAAAAGACUGAAGAAAAGACUGAAGAAAAGACUGAAGAAAAGACUGAAGAAAAGACUGAGGAAAAGGUCGAGGAACAGAAUUAA